AUGGCGUUUCAAUGGUUACCUGAAGAUGACUUCUUUCUCAGAAAAGCACUCGAGGAUGGAACGUCUCUAGAGACGCUAGCUAAAGGAGCGGUGAGAUUCUCUCGGAAAUUUACACUUUCGGAACUUAAAGAUCGAUGGCAUUGUCUUCUUUACAAUCCCAAGGUUACAUCUCUAUCUUCUUCUGUCGGAUUUGAGAUCCAAUACGAAGCUCAACUCAUUCCGCAAGGUCACUAUCAUCACUCAAUACCAGUCAGAAAUCAGUACUACACUGCGCGGAAGAAGAGGCGUUUGGAGUUGGAGGAGUCUCUUAAGCUCAAUAACAAUGCCAUCAAUGAGCAUCCUUAUGAAGGUGAAGGGUUUAUGUUUGGUGAAGAUGAUGAUUUUAACUUCGAGCUUGAGGACAUUGAACUUUUUCAGAGAACUUUCCCUGACAUUAUGCUAUCCCCUCACGAUGAUGAUUUUCAUACAACAUUGUUUGGUAAUGAUGAUGAUGAUAACCGAAUGGUGGAUCAGAUGUUAAACAUCAGCGAUGAACAGAUUCAAGACUGUGAUGUUACACAAGCAGCAACAUCAGUAGACCAUGUUAUGCUUCAAGAAGUGUUUCAAGAUCCUCUGUUCCAACAACCUAAUACAUCUUUUAACGAGGCUACAUCACAGUCACAUGAGCAAGCAGUCUCUGAUCGUCCUGGGGCUAUUCCAUUGUGUGAAUUGGAUCCACAUCCAGAAAUCAUUAACGGUGUUAUCAUAUGUGUUCUAAACUGUGAGUCCAGUGAGAUUCCAGAUAACGAUGAUAUCAACCUGCAACUGUACAAUCCUAAAGCUCGAAACUCGGUUAAUCCUUCAACAUCAUCGAGGAAGCAUAUGAAACCACCUCUGCCUCCAGUCAAGAGACAAGAUUCUCUCGAUGACAGUUUAAUAAAAGCUCUAAUCAAGUUGAAGCAAGACGAAUGUUUUGAAAUGAAAAAUUUUGGUAAGUUUUCGAUAUAGAUGAACGAUGAAGAAAUUGAACAUGGAGAAGUUGUCACUCUCAAGAACAGUUGCUUAAUCCAGAUACGAGAGAAGUCGUUCAUAUUCGAGAGGAAUGCGAAAGCAGUGGGGAGAUAUUUAAAUCGAAUUUCAAAUGAGAACAUACAUAUAUGA